AUGCCGCUCGCGUCCGGCGGGCGGCAGCAGUCGCUGCCGGCGGUCGGGGGCUCCGCGCUGUUCCCCGACGGUAUCGUGCCGUGGGGCAUGGCCGCGUCGGAGGAGGAGCAGGGCCUGCGGAGCCCGGGCGGGAAAGAGAGCGUGCCAGGGGGGGCGCCGGGGACGGGCGCGGGAAGCCCGAAGGGCGGCAAAGGGAGCGUCCACGGCGCGGAUAACCUUCGCUUCUUGCAGCCCGUGAACACGAUGAAGGGAGUGGGCCCCCGUGACGAGCCUCUGGAGAUGACCAAGAUAUCUCUGCAAGACUUCCGGCUUCCCGAAGACCUCGAGCCGGAGCAGCACUCGCCACGCCCGCUCCCGGUCAGGGCCAGCAAGAACCCGGAGCGCCUGUUCAAGCACCCGCAAGCGUCGUCCCACCACGGCACGCGGUCGCCCGCCGGCCGCGCCGUGCACGCGAUGGAGCGGGCGGCCACAGCUGACCCGCAGCCGCAGCGCCCCGCGAGGACCGCGAAGACCGCAGACACGCUGCACUGGAAGCCUGCACAGCGCGGAGGGUCCGCGGCGUUCAUGCCGCCCGUCAAGCAGCGGCCCGCAGGCGUGACGGCGUCCACACACGCCUUCCUCGAAUCGACCGCCCUCGCCGCCGAGUCCAGGUCGGCCUCCCCGCGGCACACGGCCAAGCCGCGCUGUGCGACGGCCGUGAUCGAGGAAGCCGAGCGCAGCGCCAAGCCGCGACGGGAGGGGACGCCGCCCCCACCGCCGCGCACCCCGGCAGCGGCGGCGGCGGCCGCCCUGGCGGCCGCGCCGCCGGAAGGCCACAUCGAGAUGCGGGGGGAGAAUGUGCGCAGCCGGCAGGGAUCGGCUGGGCCCCUCGAGCCCCAGCCGUUCCCCCCGGCGCCGAAACCGGGCCCUGGCGUCGUGCGCGCCGUUGUGUCGCCGCCGCCCGAAGCGGCCGGGUACGCGCCGCGGCUGUCCGGCGAGGUGCAGUGGCCGCCGAAGCCCGACGCUGCGCACGCGGCUCAGGCCGCGGAGGCCCCCGUGCUGGGGGCCAACGAAGCCGACACAAGGGACGCGGCACCACUGGGGGAGUUUGCGUCCCCCGAUGUGUCGCCGCGGCUCAAGCACUCGCUGCCCGGCGCGCGAAUUCCGCGGCCCGUCGUCGACGAGGAGGAGGCGCGGCGCACGCUGCCGAGACCCCCCCCCGCGCACCUGCCAGCCUUCAAGUCUGCAGCACCGAGCGCCGCGAGCGGGGCGGGCUGGGGGCAGGCCUCCGCGGGCCCCGUCGUGAGCGUGCCGAUCGGCAUCUCCACGCUGGGCGUCCGGCGGCUGCCGCGCGGCCACAUCGCGAAGACAACGCGGGUGCCCCCGCCGCCACUCACGGCCGAGGCUGCACGGCAGAGGGUGCGCGAGCUGAGCCCGCGGGCCGGGCGCGGGUCGCCGUACGGGAAGGUCACGGUGCGGGCACAGCGCGGGAAGGCCGCGGGUCGCGCGUCUCCGCGGAGGGAGGCGGAGCUGGUGCGUACGGAACGUACGCUAGCGCAACCGGUCGACCUGUCGCCGCGUCGCGAGGACACGGAGCGCAAGAGGGGAUCCGUUGUGGAGGCGGUGAUGUCGUCGACGUACGUUGCGUCGACGGAGGGCGAGGAGGGCGGUGGGGUGGGGCUGCAGGAGAGGCUGAACAAAUCGGUCCGCGACGUGUCGCCGCCGAAGCCGGUUGAGAUCGUGAUCGCGGUGCCGACGGUGGGUGCGGAGGGGAGCGAGGGGGGCCCGCGGCGCCGGCGGCCGAGCCGCGCGCGGGGCGCCGAGCGGCUGUCGAAGACUGCAGGGCGCGCGACGGCUACCGAGUCGCACGUGGCGGCCGACUGGGAGAUCGACCCGCAGACGGCGAUGAGCGUCGCUGCGACGGACCAUGGCGGGCUCGACUGGGCCGACGACGAGGACGGCCAGGGCGGCAUGUCCGCGUCGUGGGUCCUCGACCCGCUCUUCCACCCGCACACCGUGCCCCGCGGGCGGCCCCAGGCGGGCUACGACGGCCACGCUGUCUUUGCAGACCUUCGCGCCGUAGGCCUCGUGCGCAGCCCGGGCCACCACCCCGGCCUCGCGGACCGGCAGCCCGGCGGCCCGUCCUCGACCGCGCCGCCGCCGCCAGUCGCCGCGCACCGCGGCAGCUUCCUCGCGCAGAGCGCCCCUGCCCCGGUCCACCGCGGCCUUAGUAGCAAGUUCCUGCCCGCCUUCGACUCCUCCCGCAUCUACCUCCGGCAGAUGAUGGACGGGCAGGUGCCCCCCGGGGGCGUCAAGCCCGGCGCGCCGCUCAUGUCGCGGAUGCCGGGCGGUGGCUUGAAUCCAGUGUUCACCGCCACGCUGUCGCGGAACCCGACGCCGGUGCGCGACCCGGAUCCCGUGCCGGAGCAGCGGCGGUCGUUCCAGCGGUACGACCACCACCGCUCGCUGGUGUCGACGCCGAAGGUGUCGGGCGACGGCGCGGCAAAGCCUCUGUUCUUUAUGCAAGGGAAUGACACGAUGGCGCGGCUGUCGGGGCGCGGGGCGUGGGGCGACGGGCUGCGAGAGAUAUACGAGAUACAGGCGGACCCGCGGGCGGCGCGGCGGCUGAAGCAUGAGCGGCGGGCGGCGGCGCGGGGGGCGGCGAACGAGGCGGUUGAGGCCCAGGGGGCGAGGAAGGACAGCCGCGGGGCCAGUGCGAACGCGAGGGGGGAUGAGGUGUGA